UUAUCUUGUACUCUCGAACGUAGUCACUUCUAUAAUUUCAAAACGACUGGUUGUAUUCUUACAUUUUUUUUCUAGAUUGAAUGGUUGGGUAAUGUUGCUCUAUGGAAAAAUUUCGUACCUUGUUACCCAUUAUCUCAAUCUCAAACGAAAAUUUAAUUUACCUAUAUUGUGUAAACUUUAACUCAAUCUUGUAUACGGAUAGACAUUUACAUUCAUCAUUUUUCUGACGCUUUUCAUAUUUUUCUCAAGGCGAGUUCUGUUUUUCUUUUCUCAAAAAAAAAUAAUCAAGUUUUAUGCUAGUGUAAUAGAAAAAUUUAAAACAAUUAAAAUUAAAACAAGAUGGUUCUAUUUUCUGCAUACUCUUUAUUGUUCUUCUUUGUGUAUUUUUGUUGUAGGAAAGAAAUUAUUUUGUCUUUCAUCUUAUAAAUUAUUCUUGCUUUUAGAUCUAAACAAAAACAAUUUUUAAAAGUAAAAAGAAAUUACAACAUGGUGAAAGAAGUUGGCUGGUAUCCAUAUGAAUUUCAAUCUGGUACAACUGUGGCUAUUGCUGGCGAUGAUUAUGUUGUUGUAGCAAGUGAUACACGUUUAACCGAAAAUUAUUCGAUCCAAUCACGUACACAUAGCAAUGUUUAUAAAUUACAUAAUAAUUCGUUAUUAUUAUCAACGGGAUUUCUAGGUGAUGUAUUAACAUUAAAAAAAACACUUGAUGGUCGUAUUAAAACUUAUGAAUAUACUCAUAAUAAACAAAUAUCAACUCCAGCAUUAGCUCAAAUGAUAUCUAUAAUGAUGUAUGGAAGAAGAUUUUUUCCAUAUUAUACAAAUACUGUUGUUACAGGUUUAGAUAAUGAGGGUAAAGGCUGUAUAUUUGCAUUUGAUCCCGUUGGUUCAAUGACACAACAAGGUUAUGCAUGUGAAGGUAGCGCAAUGCCACUUAUAUUACCGAUACUUGAUGCCAAUGUAAGUAGCUAAAUAACCAAGCAUAUAUGAUGAAAAAUAAGAAAAUGAGCUACUUCAUUCAUUUUGUACAACACGGCUUGUCUGGCUAACGGUCCCCUUUUUUUACUCAUUUUCAAAGAAUCGUUCCAAUAAAGCUAGGAACCCAUUUCAAAUUCGAAAUAGAUGAUCUAGUAGAAUAAAUAUUUCUCUACAAAAUGAGAAAUUUCUCGACUCUGAAAGCUGAUUAGUUAUGAAAAUACAGUUAUUUUACAAGGAGCCCAAAAAGUCGAUUUUGGGGCUAUUUGAAAAAGGGUUUUGAAAGGGUGAAGACGAUUGAGCAAAUAUUCUUAAA